AUGUCGCAGAACUACAAGAAGCUUAGUAGCAGGCCUACGGAGUUUUCUCCGUUUGCAGAGGAAAGCUCGAGCUCAAAUCACGACGCCCACUCGAUUUCAUUAGAGCCUAUAAAUAUCAACACAUCAGCAGAAACUAAGACUCAGCAAUGGCAACAUGAGGAGAACGUUUUUGCAGACCCUGCAGAUCCUCCAGACGAUGUGUCCACGGCGUACUCACACGUUGAUUUUGAUAUUGAGGUGAAGAGCAAACUGAAAGGUCGCAAGUUGCUCUACUUCACUUCCUUAUUUAGCUCCAUUGGGGUUUACCUGUUUGGAUUCGAACAAGGUGUCAUGUCGUUAAUUAUCACAGAGAAGUCGUUUCUGAACUACUUUGACAAUCCAAGCAGCAUUGAAAUUGGAACUCUGAUUGCCAUUUUGGAGUUAAGCGCGCUUUUCGCAGCUCUGGUUGUCCCGAAGGUUUCCGAUUCCAAGGGAAGAAGAUAUACAAUUAUUGUGGGGGCAUUGCUCUUUUGUGUGGGGGGACUUUUCCAGACGUUUGCACCAUUCGAGAAGAUAUGGAUCAUGAUGAUAGGACGCGUGAUUUCCGGCGCCGGAAUAGGAUUUCUCAGUUCUGUGAUCAAUCUUUAUCAAUCCGAGUGUUCUCCGAACGACGAGCGUGGAAUGAUCGCGUCAAUGACUUUCAGUUGCAAUAUCCUUGGGUUUGCUUCAUCUAUCUGGUUGGACUUUGCGUGUUCCUUCAUGACAGGCAUCACUGCUUGGAAACUGCCUCUGUUGGUGCAAGUUCUUCUUGGAGCUGUGCUAUUUUUCGGUGGCUUUUACAUUGUCGAGUCGCCGCGUUGGCUUUUGGCAAUGGAUCGCGACAACGAAGGAUACGGAAUCCUCAAGCUCUUCUAUGAUGACGAUCCGGAUACCGACAAGGCCAAGAAAGAGUUCCUUUCCAUCAAGCACAUUAUUGAAAACGAAAAAGAACAGUCCGAAAUUGAACGGCGGAGCUGGUGGGCCACUGUUGUCAAGAACCGCAAAGUCAUUGCUAUUGGUGCAUCCUCGCUCUUCUUUGCCCAAUUCAAUGGUAUCAAUCUUGUUGGUUACUACGCUCCUUUGAUCUUCGAGCAGGUUGGAUUUGAAGGAAAAUCCGCGUUUGUCAUCACCGGAAUCAAUGCCAUCAUAUACCUGCUCUCGACACUGAUUCCUUGGUUUUUGGUGGAUAACAUCAGAAUUGGUGGCCGUCGGCGUUUGUUCAUCGUCGGAGGCCUUGUGAUGGGCUGCUGUAUGUUUGUUUCUGGACUAAUGAGCUCGCUCAACAGUAAAGUUGGAUCGAUCUUUGUUGCUAUUCUCAUUGUGAUUUAUAAUUCUGCAUUUGGAUUUUCAUGGGGCCCGCUCGCAUGGCUGUACGCAAGUGAAAUCUACGCCGAUUCAUAUACCCGAUCCGUUGGGGCCUCGCUUGGAACAUCGAUCAAUUGGUUCAGUAACUUUGUUGUUGGAGAGCUGAGUCCAGAACUGUUGGAUAUUAUUACUUGGAGAACUUACUUCAUCUACGGCUCGUUCUGUUUUGUCAGUUGUGCCGUGGUGUAUAGAUUUUACCCCGAAACCACAGGUGUCGAGCUCGAGGACAUGGACAAGCUGUUCGAGGAGUUCGAGAACCGUUGA